AUGUUAAUUCUCUCCGCCUGCAAUACGGCAAGGUCGAUCGUCGCCCCUCAAAUGGCAGAACAUAAAAUGAUGAGGGAAUAUUCGGCCCCUCCAGGGCUGUCAGAUAAAGAGCUAAAGAAAUUUUACAAUAAGAAAAUGGUUAUAUGGGACAACAAUUAUUCAUAUGUCAAUCUACCUAUCGCUUGUAUUGUUGGAAUUAUGUAUGGUAAGCUACCGACUUGCGGUCCAAAAGAAUAG